UCCUCAGUCGGAAUUAGUUGACGUGCAGUUGUCGUGUCUGUGACGAGCACUCUCCUUGACAUGGUCUAAACUCAAGAAGAAGAAUUGUGUACCACAAACUGGUAGCCUAGUCUCGCUGUGAUGUGCUUCAAUCUCUUUGGUGGAGACGUUUGGGAAUGAUGAUGAGUUAGAUGCCGACUUAGAUUGAAGACACUGAUGAAUAACAAGAAAUAGUGAAGAAUGUUCAAAGAUUGAAUCAGAACGAUCAAGGCCAGAUGGAUGAUAAUGACACAGAGUGUGGAGGAUGUACACCAGCAGAGUGCCCUGGGAGGCACAAUGACGGGGACACGUCAUCAGACGGGGAAAACAUGGACCUUGCAGGUAUUCCCAUGGACAACUCUCAAGGAACAACUGAAGGAGCAGGUUGUACUGCGGAGGGUGCAGAAAAUAAAGAUGUUGACGAAGAGAGUGCUGACGAAUGCUUGUUUGAUGACAUCACAGAUGAGGAAGAGGGGGAAGGAACAGAAGACUUGUCACAGCUUGGAGCAGGUACUGUAGAGGUCAAAUUCCAGACUGUUCAACAAGAGUCAUACCAACUUGUGGAAAAAGAUACCACGGCACUAGCACAACACAUUGUUGGAUGUUGUCAACCACUACAGGGAGAAAUAGCGUCAGCACCACAGCAGGCGACACAACUCCAACCAGCUUCAGUUGAUGAUGUUGAUCAGACAACAAGUCAGCAACAGCUGUCCUCAACUACAACUUGUGUAGUUCCUCACACAACCAAUCUACAGGACCCGACAACAGCAGCCCUGACACCAGCGUCCACAUCCUCUCUUCUACCCAGAAUACCAGGAUCUGUUGUAUCAGAGAUACAGUCGUCCGGGCUACCUGUGGCACAAGUGACUGGUGAUUCUCCUGUAGUCACCCAGUACAACCUUUUCAAAGUACAGCAGCAGUUUGGAGAUUUGACGGUCAAUGGCGCCAGGAAUCUGAACAUUGGCGGACAGCAGAACGUUGGUACACCUCAGACCCGCCCGGAGGAAGAGGAGAAGCCAUUGACUGUUGCAGCACGGAAGAUCAGGAAAAGAACGGAAUCCAGGAUUAAGUCAAUGACUAAAGACAUGGUGGAGACAGAAGCCCUGCAGAAAGUGAUGGAGAAGCUGGACAGAGGAGCAACAUGGGUGACAAUUAAAGGAAGGCCAGGAGAGGGAAAGUCUACAAUAGCCUACAUGGCCCUCAAAGAUCAGCACACUCAGGGGAGACAAGUGUAUCAGGUGGUGUCACCAGAAGAGUUCAAUGAGGUCAUAACGGCCAGCACAAACCCUGUCAUUAUGUUAGAUGACAUAUUCGGUGAUCUAGAAUUUGAUGUAGCAGAAUGGGCUAAGUGGAGACCAAGUUUACGACCUUUUGUGGAUAUGAAGGAUCCAGACAAGACCACUGAAAAGGACUCUGUGGAUAAGAUCAUGCAAAGUAAAAAAGAGAGAACAAAGGAUGAGCAAACAAUUCUAAAGAGAACAGCACCAAACAAAGGCAAAACGAUCAUUAUCCUCGUAGGCCGUGACUAUGUGCUGAAAUCCUCACUAGCAGACUUGGGAAGGAUGGCAGAUUACAUAUCUAGUCCCCAGUAUGUGGUGGAAGUUUCCUCACAGAGAGACUCUAAUGAACGAAAGGAGAUAUGGCAUGUUAAUGCCAAAACAAAAAACAUAGACUUUGAUGAGUCAACCGUGUCUCGGAUAUGUCAAUCUGACUGUCCACACGGUUUUCCCCACGUGUGUAAAAUGUUUGUCACAACAUAUGAAAAGGAUCUGACUCAGCUUCCAGCAGAUGACUUUUUUCAAGCGCCUCUAGCAUUCCUCAAACAGACCCUGAAUAAAUUUCUUAAAGAUGAGGUAAAGGUUUCCCUGUUCAAGGCUAUGAUUAAAAGGGAUGGAAAGAUUAGUGGACAAGAGUUGGAAGAGGAGGAUGCCCAUGGAUACAAAUACAUAACAGCUGCUGAUGAUUUGGCUGGAUCUUACCUCAAGAAGGAAGAUGACACAUACAUGUUUGACCAUCCCUCUGUAUAUGACAGUGUCGCUUUAAUUCUCAGCACAAAACAAUCAAAGUUUGUCAUCGACUUUUGUAGUUUGUCAUUCAUCCUUCAGCGACUUCGUCUUAAAGCCUCCACAGGACCAGGGGAAAACGUGCCUGGUGAGACAGGUCUUGUUGCAAACAUCUCAUGGAACUAUGCUCAACAUCUAGCAAGAAGAUUUGCCACUGAAAUUUCAAGGAGCAAUUUGUUGCAUGUCUUAUCGCACCAGGCAUGUUGUAAUCCAGAGUUUAUAGACUUGCUAAUGGACUGCCUGAAGACACAGUGUCACAUGUCUGUUUCUGAUAUUCUCAAACUAGCUGAUAGCUCUUCAAAACAGUCAUUUCUUGAAUUAAUUUCUAGCAGCAAGUCACAUCAUCUCAUCAAAUUUAUUAGGAAGAAAGAAAACAGAACAAUCAGCCAGAGUGAACUGAGAGACCUUUUACUUGGGACGUGCAUGAAUGCUGCUUGCAGUGUACUGACCUAUAUCAGUGAACACCAUCAGCUUGAGAUAGAUGCUAGAUAUGAUUCGAAGAAGAAAACGCCACUGAUGUUAGCAGCAGAAACCAAGGACAGUGUGUUUGUAAAUCAGAUUCUGGCCCUUCACCCUGACCUGAAUGCACAAGACGAUGACGAUCAAACUGUCUUUCAAUACCUUUGCGCAAAUGGUCUUACAUCAGCUGUGGAACAUGCAAUCAACAUGGGCGUGGAUGUUAAUGAGCAUUAUUCUCCAGAUUUUGAUAUUUACCGAGGAGGACAUUACCAACCCCCUGUAUACCUUGCCAUAGAAAAUGGUCAUGUUGGGGUGGUGGAACUGGUGCUGCAAAAAGGAUGUGAUAUAGAUAAACAGAGAGGUCUUGGUUGUGCAUUGAUAAGCCAAAACACGCAUAUGACGCGGUUUUUUUUAGACAGAGGAGCACAGGUUGACGAUGAUGCUGUGUGCAUUGCUUGUGGGUUGACAAACUUGCGUAUCAUCAAGAUGUUGUUUGAGGAGGGUGCAACAGUUGACAUGAUUUCAUCUGAUGGCGAUACUCCUCUUCACAGUGCAUGUGGAAGAAACCCUAAUGUUGUCUUGUUUUUGUUGGAGAAAGGAGCAAAUGUGAAUGUCAAGAAUGAAACAGGCAACACACCACUUCAUGCAGCAGCAUGGGAUGGAUAUACAGAGUGUAUUGACGUGUUACUGAAAGCUGGAGCUAAAGUCAAUGCACAGAAUAAUACAGGUAACACACCACUUCAUGAAGUAGCAUGGAAUGGAUAUACAAAGUGUAUUGAUGUGUUACGGAAGGCUGGAGCUAAAGUGAAUGUACAGAACAAUACAGGUGACACACCACUUCAUACAGCAGCAUGGUAUGGAUCUGCAGAGAGUUUUGAUGUGUUACUGAAGGCUGGAGCUCAUGUGAAUGUACCGAACAAUACAGGUGACACACCACUUCAUAAAGCAGCAGGACGGGGAUCUACAGAGUGUGUGGAUACGUUACUGAAGGCUGGAGCUAAUGUCAAUGUACAGAACAAUACAGGUGACACACCACUUCAUACAGCAACAGCAGUAGCUCGGGAUGGAUCUACAGGUUGUAUUGACGUGUUACUGAAGGCUGGAGCUAAAGCUGGAGCUCACGUGAACGUACAGAAUAAUAUAGGUGACACACCACUUCAUAAAGCAGUAGCAGAAUGGGAAGGAUCUGCAGAGUGUGUUGAUGUAUUACUGAAGCAUGGAGCUAAAGUGAAUGUACAGAAUAAUACAGGUGACACGCCACUUCAUACAGCAGCAGCAUCCGCCGUAAAAGCAGCAUCAUGGGGUGGAUCUCCAGAGUGUGUUGAUGUGUUACUGAAGGCUGGAGCUAAAGUGAAUGCACAGAAUAAUACAGGUGACACACCACUUCAUGAAGCAGCAGCAUUAUGGAAUGCAUCUACAGAGUGUCUUAAAUUGUUACUGAAGGCUGGAGCUGAUUUAAAUGUACAGAAUAAUGCAGGGGACACACCCUUCUUAUUUGAGCAGCCGCUGCAGCAGCAGCAUGUGGUGGAACUACAAAGUGUGUUGAUAUGA